GACUUGGUAAAAAUAUGACCUUCGUGGGAGAGAUCAAUCCGUCUCGGUCUUCACGGGCUGCAUUCUUCUUCGAUUCUAAUCACAACCGGUGGUGGCGCCAUCUCUCUCUCUCUCUCUCUAACACUAACAAAAUCAAGUUUGGGGAAGAAAACCAAAAACAAUUCUAAUUCUUCUGCAGUAAUUUGGGGAUCUCGAAAAAGUGAUACAGAGCAGAGCCCGAGUAGCCACCGCUUUUCUCUUCUCCACUUACCGUAUCCAGCACGCUUCUCCAAUUUUUCUCCAGGAUUAAGGUCCUUUCAAAAAUUGCAGACUUCUGAAGGCACAAAUUUGCUACUACAUUCUCACAAUCAUUGGUCCAGGGUUUGAAAAUUGAUGAAACCUGAAGUGUUAGAAAUCAGGCUCAUGGGAAGAUAACCACGAAGUUGGACCAAAUUUCUAUGAUUUCGAAAAACAAGUACUAAAUAAUGUGGUGGACAAACUUACCCAAGCGAUAUGUGAUUGUCUUCUUAACCUUCAUCUGCACUUGUGUAUGCUACAUAGAACGUGUGGGCUUCUCAAUCGCAUACACCUUUGCUGCUGAUGCAGCAAAGGUGAACCAAUCAACCAAAGGCACCAUACUUUCAGCAUUCUACUAUGGCUAUGCCUGUUCACAAGUCCCAGGUGGAUGGGCAGCUCAGAAAAUUGGCGGAAGGCGUGUUCUCCUUCUCUCAUUUAUGUUAUGGUCCCUCACUUGUGCUUUAGUACCGGCAGACCCACAGGGAGUCAUGGUUUUAGUAAUUGCCCGUUUAUUAGUAGGGGUGGCACAAGGGUUCAUCUUCCCAUCGAUACACACUGUCCUAGCACAAUGGGUGCCACCACAUGAACGGUCAAGGUCUGUUUCUCUCACCACAUCUGGAAUGUAUCUAGGUGCAGCUAUGGGAAUGCUUGUGCUUCCAAGUCUAGUGAAGUUUAAGGGAGCCCAAUCUGUAUUUCUUGCUGAAGCAGCUUUAGGUGCCAUGUGGGCUCUACUUUGGUUCAAAUACGCCAGUGAUCCACCUCGUGCUGAGCAUCCCAAAGCAGCCGCUGCUGGAUUUGGGGAAUCUACUUUACCAAUUGGAGGGAUUCAGAAGGUAAAACAAAGCGCCCAAAUCCCAUGGAAAAGGAUAAUGCUCAGCUUACCAGUUUGGGCAAUUGUGAUAAAUAAUUUCACUUUCCAUUACGCUUUGUAUGUGCUCAUGAACUGGCUUCCCACGUAUUUCGAGCUGGGACUCCAUGUUAGCCUUCAAAAAAUGGGUUCGUCGAAAAUGAUGCCUUAUCUCAACAUGUUUGUGUUUUCAAAUAUUGGUGGAGUUAUUGCUGACCACUUGAUUACAAGAAGAAUCUUGUCUGUGACUAAAACCAGAAAGGUGUUAAACACCGUAGGAUUUCUAGUUGCUUCUUUUGCAUUGAUGGCACUUCCUCUCUUUAGAACAUCUGGUGGGGCUGUAUUCUGUUCUUCUAUGGCUCUUGGUUUUUUAGCGUUAGGGAGAGCUGGGUUUGCAGUAAAUCACAUGGAUGUUGCUCCUAGAUAUGCUGGAAUUGUUAUGGGAGUUUCUAAUACAGCUGGCACAUUGGCUGGGAUUAUUGGGGUUGAUUUCACUGGAAAACUUCUCGAAGCUGCUAAAACUGAUCAUUUGGAUCUUUCAAGUCCAGAAAGCUGGAGGGCUGUUUUCUUCAUUCCAGGGUUGCUUUGCAUCUUUAGUUCUUUUGUGUUUUUGCUGUUUUCAACUGGUGAGAGGAUUUUUGACUGAGAGGAAGCUUGGUUUUGCAUGUUAUUCUGGAGCCCUUUGGUGCCUGGUCUCUGGCAGUAUAUUACUAAUAUUGACAAGGGAUAUUUGUUCAAGUUAUAAAGCCCUGAAAGACGAAAUCAACAGGAUCGUUGAACACUAAUUUGCUGUUAUAGGCAGAUUGCGGAUAUGUGUUGGCACGUGGCAGAAGCUGACUUAUUCAUUUUUUGGAUUGGUAUACCCAUAUUUUGCACAGACUUUUUUAUUUACUGAAUACAUAAGAAUACUUGAGGUCACCCUUUUUCUGUGAGGUAGGUUUUUUCAUUCUGAAUUUCGGAAAUCGGAUGAUGUAAAUCUUCUGACUGGUUGAUUAAGGCAAUUAGUAUGAGCUAACGUACCCCACACAUUGUAUGAGACAACCAACUCUUCCUGAUCUAAUAGGGAAACUUUCUGUUUUGUCA